AUGCAGCUGCAGCCUGAUCAGUGGAGAUAUGUGAACGAAGGUAGGGCCAACAUCGUGUUUGCCUACUCCGGCAACGAGUCGGCCUAUCUCAACAAAGUCAUCCGGAUCAGCAAGAACGGUGGUCCCUCGGGGGAUGACACUGCCUUUCGCGCUCUGCUGCGGCGGCUCGUCCCUGCAGAGCAUCAGACCCAGCCGCCGACGAGGCUGACAGUCAAUACGAGCUCAUUGUUGAAGCUUCUGGCGUCCACUGAGCACUUGCGACCACAGCAAAGACGCGAUGAGCCCGCUAUCGAUCUUGCAGGCAGCCAAGUGCACCUCAUGGACAAUGUCUUUGGCUCGGGCGUCGCUGUAGAGAUCAAACCCAAAUGGGGCUUCAUACCCAGCGAACAAGCGAGCGCACCGCCGCAGCUCUGUCGCUACUGCAUGCACUCUGUCUCCCGAGAUCACCGCGCAGGCCACACACCGCAGCGCUUGUCACAUCGUCGAGCAACAUAUUGCCCGCUUGAUCUCUUCUCGCCGCACCGCGCUCGAAGCGAGCACGCGCUCGAGCGCUUAUGGCAGCACUGGCUCGAUUCCCGAGCAUCGUCGAACAAUUUUCGCGUUUUCGUUGACAGUCAGCUCGUCAUGUCAGACGAACUCGGCCUUGCGGGCCUCCGGCAAGCACUCGCCUGCACGCGGGGCGCUGAAAAGACUAUAAUCCUGUCGUCUCUGUCACACCAGCUGACAGGUCUCAAGAAGCUCGCUGAGCUCCAGCGUGAGCAUGACGGCGCGGGAAUCGUGCGCCUCUGGGCAGCCGUUUGCGCGCAGCCCGACUUUUCCUGCUUCUUGACGCCGGCGACCGAGGCUGAACUUCGCAACGGCGCUUUCGACUCUGGCUCAAGCUUGCACGGCAAGUCAGAGCUUCGCAAAGCAAUCAUCGCAUAUGCAAUCUCGGCGACAUUCAAAGAUUGCUCACUUGCCAUACAACUGCCUCCUAGCAUGCGGGAAUCGUCCAGCAUCGUCAAGUGGAUUGAUCUUGACUGUAAACCUCUCUCGCGUUUGCCUCACUGGGCUCGUCAGGCGCAUGACAUGCGAGAUGAUCUGCGGCGCGCGCUCAAGUCUUCUACAGGGGAUUUUGCGGGCUGCUCGCUGCCGGAGUCUAGUAUGAAGAAGUUCCUCAACAAGCUGAACAACUCCUCCUCCGGCUCGAGCUCGACUCAAUACAAUAGUCAGCCGACGUAUGGAGGCUCUGCAUCCAAUUUCUCGGGUCCCAGCCAGCCGCCCAGCUAUCGACCUCCGCCGGGAGCACCGCCUGCCACAAGCCGACAAGCUGGCUACGUACCGCAAGGGACGUAUGCGCCGCCCGAAGGUCCACCUCCGCCAGAUGGCGCUUCGUCGACCGGUCCCGGCAAAGAGGACGCCUAUGCGCCUCUACGUCGCUACGACACCGUCUUCCUCGUAGACGAUUCCGAGUCGAUGGAGAUGUUCUGGGACGAGACUCGCAAAGCACUGACGGGCGUGGUCGAAAUCGCAACUCGAUAUGACGAUGACGGCUGUGACCUCGUCUUCUUCAAUUCGACCUUUGUCGCUCAAGGCGUCAAGUCAUCUGCCGACAUGAUACGUACCUUCAGGCGUGUCGAGCCUCGGCGAUCCACACCUACAGCCACAGCGUUACGGCGCGUUGUUGAGCCAUAUCUGCUCAAGCUAGAAGCGAGCAAGGCAUCUGGCAGCCCAAAACCCAAGCCACUCAACAUCGUUUGCCUAACAGACGGCGCGCCGAACCGAGGAGAAGAGCCAGAUAUGAUCAUCGUAGAUGCGGCUAAGCGACUUGAUGCCGGUCGCUUCCCGCUCAGUCAGCUCGGCAUCAGCUUCAUACAAAUUGGCACCGAUGAUGAAGCCACGCAGGCGCUCGAGGCGCUCGAUGACCAGCUGAGAGCAACUCACAAAAUCCGCGACAUGGUCGAUACAACGCCUUACGAUCCGAAGCAAAGCUUGACAUCCGAGUACUUACUCAAAGCGAUCAUGGGUGGAAUCUCGCGUAAGCUAGACAACACCCCGCGCACGUGA